GUCGAACACUAUACAGCCUCUCUCCACAAGUGGAUGUUCAAAUGCAGCUGAUCCUCUUCAGAUAUUAAGCGAUAUGGCCUGUCUGAACUGGGCCUAAUGGAAUGGACAGUCUCUGAAUGAGGAGGAUGCUGAGCAGAACAGAGCACAGAGGCGUGUGCAGGCUGCUAUCAUCAGUGAUGUCUGGAACAGAGUGCCAUACAGACAGAGAGGAGGACUACAGGUUCCUCCACAGCAUGUUGAUGGAGAAGAAGCUUCACCUGCUCUUUAAGAUCCACGAGCGUCUGAAGCGUUUUGAAAAGCGAAGCCCCAUCCCCGUCCAAGAGCACGCAGCGCGCCUGGCCUCAGAAUUGGCAGAGGAGCUGAUAUACCGAGGCUGGAGAGAUGAAGUCAAAGAGCUGGUUGCUCUCUUUUCCAAACCCCACUUUAAGAGUCUCCUGUCGGUCCAUGACGCUGUGGCUCAGAGAGACUUUGAACCGACUCUCCCACCAAUACCUGAUGAUGUGCUGGAGGAGGACGAGGAUUCAGUCAAAAUUGUCAGUCUGGUGAAAACCAAAGAGCCCCUGGGGGCAACGAUUAAGAGGGAUAAAUCCACCGGGGCUAUUGUGGUGGCGAGGAUCAUGAGAGGAGGUGCAGCUGAUAAAAGCGGCUUGAUCCAUGAAGGCGAUGAGCUGAAAGAGGUGAAUGGAGUCUCACUGGAGCACAGGAAGCCAAAGGAAGUCCUUUCCCUCCUGGCUUGUUCUCAGCAUGAAGUUAGAUUCAAAAUCAUCCCUGCCUCCUUCAAGGAAGAAAUAUCAUCAAAUAAGAAGAAGCUGUUUUUGCGGGCUCUUUUUGACUAUAAUCCUGACGAGGAUCCCGCCGUUCCGUGCAAGGAUGCAGCUUUGGCCUUUAAAAGGGGCGACGUCCUCCAGAUCGUCAGCAUGGAGGACGACACCUGGUGGCAGGCCUGUCACCUCGGGGACAGCAGCGCUCGGGCGGAGCUCAUCCCCUCGCAGCAGCUCCAUGAGAGGAGAGUUGCACUACAGCGACCUAAAGCCCUGUUCAAGCCUCGCCGAGUCAAACCACCAGAUGAGGGGCAAGUCCUGGAGGAUGUCGACUAUGGCGCUAUAACUGGGAUCCACAUUGCUGGAUUGAGAAGGAGUUUCCGACUCGGCAGAAAGAGCAGUUGGGCCAGAGAAGCGGCUCGGUCCCGGAGGUGGAGCACAGGGGUGCAUGGCUCAGUUCGUCCCCCUACCUACAUAGAGGUGAUCCCCUACCACAGAGGUCCAAGGGAUAAACACCGUCUGGUUGUUCUGGUUGGGCCUGACGGCGUUGGCGUUAAUGAACUGAAGAGGAGGCUCCUGAUAUCGGACCCCGACCACUAUGGCGUCACCGUACCGCACACCACGCGUGAGAAGAGAAGGCAGGAGAAUGAAGGGGUUGACUAUCAUUUUGUUUCCGUCCACAUGUUUGAAGAGGACAUUCUCAAUCAUAGGUUUAUAGAAUAUGGGAGAUACAAUGGACACUACUAUGGAACAAGUCUAGACUCUGUGCACAGAGUGAUGGCUGAGGGCAAGGUGUGCCUCCUGGACGUGCACCCGAGUAAAAUAAAGCACGUGUACACGUCUGAAUUCAAACCAUACGUGGUGUUCGUGAAGCCCCCGCGUAUAGAGGAGCUACGCCUCACCAGACGGAGAGCUAAAUUCAUCUGCGACGAAGAGGACAAGAAGUCGGCGAGGAUCUUUUCAGAGGAGGACUUUGAGGACAUGAUCAACUUGGCUGAAGUCAUGGAGAGCAAGUGUGGUCACAUGUUCGACAAGGUGAUCGUCAACGGAGAUAUCGCCGUGGCGUUCAGAGAGCUGAAGGCAGACCUGGAGAGGGUGGAAAAGGCAGAAGUCCAGUGGAUUCCUGCACAGUGGAUCUGCUCGUCACCAACGAAAGCACGGAGAAGCUGCGGCCACUUGGAUGGCUGGAUUUGA